AUUUGCGUGAGAGCGUGCGAUCACUCCGCUGACAGUACCGUGUGUUUAUGACGGAUUUCUGGAGGAAGCAGGACCAAAGACACAAAUUAACACUGAAGCGCCAUCGGUAGCCUCGUUCAGGACGGACUUCUCUGGCAUUUGACCAUUUCGCAGUGGAAUACCGGAUACUCGCAAAUCUGGGUUUGAAACCAUGAGCUCAGUGGCCGUGUUGACACCUGAAAGUUUUGCUGAGCACCGCAGUGGCUUGAGAGAUGAGGACACAGCAGGCGGUGUACCAGAGGAUGAAGCUUACAUUCCUACAUACCUUGAAGCCUUCCCUCCCCUACCAGAAAAGGGUGCACCCACAGAAAAAUCUAGUGAACCAUCGGGAGCAUGGAGCAAGAUUCGACCAAUCAAGUCCUCUGUCAUCACUCAGGUGUUUCAUGUCCCUCUGGAAGAGCGCAGGUACAAGGACAACAGCCAGUUUGGUGAAGGAGAGGAGUCUAAGGUUUGCCUUGAUAUUAUGCAGAAGACAGGAGCCCACAUUGAGCUCUCCUUGGCUAAAGAUCAGGGCCUGUCCAUCAUGGUGACUGGCAAGCUUGACUCUGUCAUGAAAGCUCGAAAGGAGAUUGUAGCUCGGCUUCAGACCCAGGCUUCAGCCACUGUCACCAUACCUAAGGAGCACCAUCGGUUUGUUAUUGGAAAGAAUGGUGAGAAGCUGCUGGAACUGGAGCUGAAAACUGCCACGAAGAUUCAGAUUCCUAGGCCAGAGGACUCAAGUAAUCAGAUCAAGAUUGCUGGCACUAAGGAGGGAAUUGAGAAGGCUAGACAUGAGAUUCUCUUAAUAUCUGCAGAGCAGGACAAACGGGCUGUUGAACGGAUUUGCCUAGAGAAAGCUUUCCAUCCUUUUAUUGCCGGAGCCUACAACAAACUGGUACAGGAGAUCUGCCUCGAGACAGGAGCACGUAUUAACAUCCCUCCACCUAGUGUCAACAAAGAUGAGAUCAUUAUCACUGGAGAAAAAGAGCCUGUGGCACAGGCUGUUGCACGCAUCCGCAGCAUUUAUGAAGAUAAGAAACGCAAGACAACAACUAUUUCAGUAGAGGUGAAGAAAUCCCAGCAUAAGUACAUCAUCGGGCCCAAAGGUAAUACGUUGCAGGAGAUACUAGAUACCACUGGAGUUUCAGUGGAAAUGCCAGCAUUGGAUUCUAGUUCAGAAACCAUAAUACUGCGAGGUGAGCCUGACAAACUGGGAGCAGCUCUAACUCAAGUAUAUGCUAAGGCAAAAAGUGUGAUGGUGGCUAAAGUAAUGGCUCCAGCUUGGUUACAUAGAUUUAUUAUUGGGAAGAAAGGACAAAAUAUCAGCCGGAUCACUCAGCAGCUUCCUAGGGUUCACAUAGAGUUUACGGAUGGAGAUGAGAAGAUCACUCUUGAAGGUCCAACUGAAGAGGUUGAGCAGGCUCAGGCACAAAUCCAGGAGAUUAUAAAAGAUUUGCUUGUCAGAAUGGAUUACACUGAAGUGAUGAUAGAUCAGCGCUUUCACAGGCACUUAAUUGGAAAAAAUGGCGCAAACAUCAAUCGCAUUAAGGAACAGUACAAGGUACUGGUGCGGAUUCCACAGGAUGGUGACAGAAGCAACCUGGUACGCAUUGAGGGGGAUCCCCAAGGUGUGCAACUUGCACGGAAGGAACUGCUUGAGAUGGCAUCACGUAUGGAAAAUGAGCGUACCAAAGACCUGAUAAUUGAACAACGAUUUCAUCGGACUAUAAUUGGACAGAAAGGCGAAAAGAUCAAAGAGGUUCGGGAUAAGUUCCCAGAGGUAAUCAUCAAUUUCCCUGAUCCAUCUCAGAAGAGUGACAUCGUUCAACUUCGUGGUCCCAAGAAUGAAGUGGAGAAGUGUGCCAAGUAUUUGCAGAAGGUCAUUGCUGAAUUGAUAGAGAACAGCUACUCCAUUUCAGUUCCCAUAUUUAAGCAGUUUCACAAAAACAUCAUUGGAAAGGGUGGUGCCAACAUCAAAAAGAUACGUGAGGAAACAAACACCAAGAUUGACUUGCCAACAGAGAACAGCAACUCUGAAGUUAUUCUAAUCACUGGGAAGAAAACAAACUGUGAAGCUGCCAGGGAUCGCAUUUUGGCAAUACAGAGAGAGCUGGCUAAUAUCAAGGAAGUAGAGGUGUCCAUUCCUUCAAAACUGCACAACUCCUUGAUAGGGGCAAAGGGCCGUCUAGUUCGAUCUAUCAUGGAGGAAUGUGGAGGGGUCCAUAUUCAUUUCCCCUCAGAGGGAUCAGGCAGUGAUAAGGUCACUAUCAGAGGCCCCAUGGAGGAAGUGGAGAAAGCCCGAAAGCAACUGCUACAACUUGCUGAGGAAAAGCAAAUCAACAACUACACAGCUGAGCUACAGGCCAAGCCAGAAUAUCACAAAUUUCUAAUUGGCCGCGGUGGCGGCAACAUCCGCAAAGUCCGUGAUCGUACUGGUGCACGGAUCAUCUUUCCUACAACAGAUGACCGCGAAGUAGAGGUCAUUACCAUUGUUGGAAAGGAGGAGGCUGUGAAACUAGCGCAGAAAGAGCUGGAGCUGCUUAUUAAGAAUCUGGACAAUGUAAUAGAAGAUGUGAUGGUAGUGGACCCUAAAUAUCAUAGACACUUUGUCACACGACGUGGUCAAGUCCUUCGAGAGAUUGCUGAAGAAUAUGGUGGAGUAACUGUCAGCUUUCCUCGGACUGGAGUUCAGAGUGACAAGGUUACCCUGAAAGGAGCAAAGGAUUGUGUUGAAGCUGCUAAAAAACGGAUCCUAGAGAUUAUAGAGGACCUGGAGGCCCAAGUCACUCUAGAGUGUGUGAUCCCACAGAAAUACCACCGCUCAGUAAUGGGAGCCAAGGGUUCCAAAGUUCAGCAAAUCACUCGUGAUUACGAUGUUCAGAUCAAGUUUCCUGAACGGGAGGAAGGUCCUGGAAUGGAUCUGCAUCUUCAGGAAAAUGGGGAUGUUAGUCCUGAAGUAGAGCUUGUGCCUAACAAGUGUGAUAUUAUCACGAUCUCAGGACGCAAAGAAAAAUGUGAAGCUGCUCGCAUUGCUCUCCUAGCUUUGGUCCCUGUGACUUUGGAUGUUGAUGUCCCAUAUGAUCUUCACCGGUAUAUCAUUGGACAGAAGGGCAUUGGAAUUCGCAAGAUGAUGGAAGACUAUGAGGUUAACAUCUCUGUACCUCAGCCAGAUCAGCAGUCAGAUGUCAUUAAAAUCACAGGACUAGUUGCAAAUGUUGAACGAGCCAAACAAGGAUUGCUGGAGAGGGUGAGAGAGCUGCAGGCAGAACAGGAGGAUCGGGCAUUGCGAAGCUUUAAACUCACAAUUUCUGUGGAUCCUAAAUACCACCCAAAAAUUAUUGGCAGAAAGGGAGCUGUAAUUUCACAGAUCCGUAAGGACCAUGAUGUCAAUAUUCAAUUCCCAGACAAGGGAGACGAGCACCAGGAUAUAAUCUCCAUAACAGGGUAUGAGCUUAACACAGAGUCGGCCAAGGAUGCCAUCUUGCGUAUUGUAGCAGAUCUGGAAGAAAUGGUUAGUGAGGACAUCAAACUAGACCACCGAGUUCAUGCACGCAUCAUUGGUGGUCGUGGAAAAGCUAUCCGCAAGCUUAUGGAGGAGUUUAAGGUUGAUAUACGCUUCCCCCAGCCAGGAUCCAAUGAUCCAGAUCGAGUGACAGUCACUGGUCUUCCUGAAAAUGUGGACAAUGCUGUUGACCACCUCCUCAUUCUAGAGGAGGAGUAUAUGAUGGAUGUGACAGAGACUGAGACAAUGGCUGCUUACAUGAAGCCUCCUUCUCGCCAUGAUGAUGACCACCGGAGUCCGGCUAAAGGAUUUGUUGUCAGAGAUGCACCCUGGAAUGUACCAGGAAAUAAGGCCCCUGACAUGAGCAGCGCUGAGGAUUUCCCAACCUUCGGAGCAGGCAUCACCCCCAAACAGAUGUCUGCUUGGGGUCCAAAGAAGUUUUGAGAAGAAAAUGCUGAAGCUAACGCCCUCUGUCACGCACAAAUCCUCAUACCAUCACCUUCAUUUCCAUUCCAUUCCUGACACCUUAAAAUGUAACGUAAUCAGUUUGUCAAUGCGCACACAGAAUUGUCCUCUUCCAUAUGCACUUUUAACCAUCUUUUCCUGCUUCUUCCCAGCUUCAGGGAAUUACACUCCAUCUAGCCAUCUCCUUUUUUUUUCUUCAACCACCCCCCUCAAUAUCUUAUUUUGGGUGGGAUGCAGGGUAGGGGUGGUCUGGCAGCAUGUGGUGUGUUAGGGUGUUUUGUUUUUUUUUUUGUAUAUAUUGGAUAGUGGUUACUUCAGGGGAUGUGUUCUAAUUCCUUCGCCACUUUUUCACACUUGCCCAUCUUCAACCAUUUUAUUGUGGAUUUGCUACUCAUUUCUCUACCUCUCUUUCUCAUUGAAAGCAUUUCAUUUCCCCCUUUAAAAAAAAAAAAAAAAAAAAAACUUCCUGGGAGUGAUGGCCCCAUGUUUUCAGACUGGUGCUGUUUUACCGCAGCUUAGUGCAGUCCAUUAGAGAAAAAGCCAUAUUUUAACUUGAAGCAUAUUUUUUUUUCUUUUGCACCCUUAUACUCUUAUUACUUCUACUGUAUGAUAUAAAUAUAUAUUUUUAUUUCGAGAGCCAAAGAUGGCUAACAGAGAGAAGCACACUCAUACAAACAUGAGAAAAUAUUAAUAGGAGAAUUAAAGGGGGGUGGGUAAAUUGGUUGGGGUUGGUAAUGAAAACUGGAAUUUUUCCACUUACUGAGUUUGCUAGUGUUACUCAAUUACACUAGAGAAACCGAAAUCUUACUAGUCAAAACUGUGAACUGCUAGCACCUGUGGGAAUGUCUGAAUCCUUAUUUUAUUUUGAAGUUCUGCUUAUAAUGUGUGUGUUUUUUUUUAAACUUUAUAUUUUUGUAAAGCAUUAGGAGCACUUGAUAAUCUUGUUGUGUUUGUACUGAGCAUCCAAACAAGUCACAAGUUUGGUCUACUCUGGGAGGGAGGAUGAGGUUUUUUUGACUUAUUUAUUAUUUUUCUCUUUAAUUUUUAUGUAUUCAUAAUUUUCUUUUCUACCAAAAAGGAUUGCUUACACAUUUGUUAAUAUAGAAGUCCCUCUUUGUAGAGAUGUACCAAGUGUUGAGGCAGCUCAGCUGCUCCAGUCAAGAUAUUUCAAGGCAUUAGAAGGUCAAGGUGGUGGAUGGUAUGGAGUUGAGUGGGUUAUGGGUCUCAAAACAUUGAAGAUAGACAUCAUUGGGCCAGUGGUGCUUUUGAAAUGGGAAAUGUAAUUUACAGUUGUGUUGGAAGAGUUCCAUGGGUGAACUAUUAUAUCCUCCAUGCCACCCCACCCAGGUGCAUUAAGACAUUUUCAUUGCUCCAUAUAACUGAACUCCUGAAUUUUGAUACAUUUUUCUACAUGUUGUUUGUCAUUGGGGGGAGGCGGUUUUGGGCAGGGGGCCACGUAUGUUGCUGUUUUUAUCCUUCACCACCAGAUGGCAGUUGAAUCUGUUUAGGUCAUCCCUUAUUAGACAUAGUGAAUAUGUUUACAUUGUUUUAUUAUAGCAAUAAGGCACUGCACUUUGGGAAUUGCUGGGAAAUAAUAGAAUCUUCCCUAUAGUUUAUGCCUCCUGGUAGUUGCCUUUGUAAUAAUUCUUAUUGCUUAAUUAUUUCUCAAAGCCUAGACCCCCCCCCCCCCAUCUUAAAACAAAAUGGACAUUGUCUGGUUCUAUUAAACUGGAAAACUAAUUGAAUUGCGACAGAACUGAAAUGGCAGUGAUAUUGUUGUAUUCAGUGUAUGUUGAGGAGGUGUAGGGGACUUCAUUGUUGUAUUUUUGUGAUACCAUCUUGCUUCUACCAGUUGUGAGAUUGGUAUAGGUGAAGUAGAAAGGCAGUUGGUUUACACUUCAUCCCACUCAGUUUUCCUGCCAAUAAUGCCUAAUCACAGCUGUCAUCUUUAAGUGCACUCCACAUUGCUUGCUUGCCACAGGAGCCAUUUCCUGAAUCAUGCAUUGCCUUAACAUUUGAACCACAGUUGUGUAAAGUGAAUAUUAAUAGUACACUGGAUUUGUUUGGUUAUUUAUUUAUUUAUUUUUUUUUUUUUUUGAGGCUUAUCUUCCGUGAAGUGAGAGGCUACAGUUUUGUAAUGAAAACAUUAGCACCUUUUUGGAGCUUUAUUUUAAAAUAAAAAAAAAAAAGAAAGAAACAUAUAGCCUCUCUCCUAUCAUAUAAGCUUUUUACUUGACAUAUUCUGAAGAUAAGUUUAUAUACUUUUUUUUUUUUUUUUUUUUUUUUUGCUGCUGUCUUUACUUGCAUAACUAAAUAUGGUUGGCAGUUAAAUAUUUUAGACCAAGUUAAACUAAGGACAUGACUCACCAGAAUAUGACAGAGCAGAGGACCAUUGGAUUAGCCAGCUUUCUCUGUGUAUUUAGGCAACUGUCCCCCAGUAGUUAGUGUUAAUCUAAGUUAUAAAAUGUGCUUUUAACAAGUAAACAGAUUUCGUUUCUCAAAACUCUGCAGUUGAGAUUUGACAGUCUCCUUAGUCAUUGUUCCAAAUUGAUUUAAUUAAAUGCAUGCUGUACUUUGGCCUCAGCAGUAUAUGACUCUAAGCCGUUCACUCUUUUUGUGAUACUUGUAGUGUCUCCUCACUCACAGGGUAUCUCAGGGAUGCUUUUAAAGGAAUAUCUUUGUGUACAUUGUGCAUUGAGGAGGUGUCUGUGAGUUAACUGCAAUGCUGACAAAGCCUGAGCCCAAUGAUUAUGUUUGUCAGAUUAAUACUAAAAUCUGCAUUUUCAAGUUAGUAAAUAAUUUAAACUCCACUCAUUACUGUCUCUCCAUUUAUUUUAUUUUUUUGGUUUCUUCCUUCUAAGUUUGUCCACUUGUUUUCACGUGUCAAAUUAUAUUUUAGCUAUUAGCUUUUGAUGGGUUUGUUCGGCAUUUAGGUGAAGCUCAUUUGGAUAGAUAGAUAGCUAAGCUGUCACCGUAUCUCAUUUCAUUUGAAUUUUAGCGUUCAUCAGGGUUUACACAUUCGGCUGUAUGACUCUUGUUUAAUCUCCAUUUAAUUUUCAAUGAAGUUCUUGAAUGUGUUUGUAAAGCAGGAUUAAUGUUAUGGACAUCUUUUGAGGACUCUGAAGAGUUGAAGAUGUAGCCUUCUCUGCUCAAGUCUAAGGAAGUCCACUUCACAUGGCAUGAAAUCAUAUGUUGCUUUGUCUUAAUUUUGUUUUAUGGUAACACAUGCGGUAGAGCAAAUUAUGACUUAUUUGUGUAUGUAGAGUAUGGGCAUAAUGUCCGUUGACAUUGUUAGUGUUUUCCCCUGUUUAGAAAAUGGGAAUUACAUUUGGUGCAAAUAUUUUUAUUUGGUGAGGCACACAUUUCACAACAUUUCUUUAUCUCUCUUUUGCAAAACAACAAAACUGGCCUUUAUCUUGACAGCCCGUAGAUAAGAAAGCAUGGCACUUUUUCAUUGCUCCACCUCAAGCUACUUUUUGCAGUCACUUUAAUUGGCUUAACUGUGUGUCAACAAAAUCUUCCUGGUUACUGUGGAAUUUACUUUGUCCUUUGCAACAGAGUUUGAACUGGAAUGCAGAUUGCACUUUAUUGAUGCCUUUAAAAGUUUUGCUGUAUUUAUUGAGUCUCUUUAGCCUCUCGAAGUUGGCUGUGCCCUUUGGUUUGGAUGACUGAAACUGUGCUCACAUCACAAAAUGUCCUUUCACAAGAAAAUUUUUUAAAUUUGUAUUUAAUGUUUUAUCAGCCUGUUUACUUGCUUCUGCUUAUGGCUUUGAGGAUGGGAAUAAGUUAACAGGAGCUCCUAAAAUGUCUACAGAACAUACACUGCCACUUAUGGGCUUCCAUUGUAUAUUUUAUUAGUGAUAUUAUUAGCAGUACGUAACACUUGUGAAACUCUAGUUAAUGUACAUUACCCAGAUAGCUAUUUUAUCCAGGUUCUGCUAUUCCCUCUUACUUGAUGGCAUUGUAACCAUAUUGCUAAUGUGGAUGUUAAAUGGUAGUUGUUCUAUUGUGUGGUCAUGGAGGAAGCCCAAUUACUCCUUUGUUGAGCAUUCACCUUUCUUCUUUCAUCUGUACUAUGAACAUAUUGUCCAUUGUGCAGCUCAUGACAUCAAAAUAAUUUUUAACAUUUGUCUUCUUAGUUUUUCUUUCACGGCUAGGGUUGCUUGUCUGAUCAUAUUCCCUUUGACAGGACCUACCACUCCAAAAUCCAAGUACUUUACAUAGUCUUCAUUUAUCUCAUUAUAAUCCUUUUAAUUUGGAUCAACAGACUUGUUGGUGUCAUUAAAUCAAUGUCAGAAGUCUCCAGUAGUCCAAGUCACCAUGGUCUGUUCAGGCAAGAAGGAGUGAGACACACUGUUUAACUUUUAAGACAUCUGGGUCUUCUUUGACAAGAAUAGGUAACUGCAGUCACUUUAUUUGUGAGUGAUGAGCUUAAUAUAGCUUCAGAGAAGACAUUUUAAUUUACUAUAUUAAGUUCAAAUUGGGAAGGCACCAGAAAAGGCUUCUGGCAAAUAACAUGGGCCUAUGCUUGGUUAGCUGAUCUGAUGGGUUAAUUCUCUGUGACUAAACCAUUCCACUGCAUUCUGGUUCUGAAGUUGAGACAAGAAAAUGGGGGAAAUAUGCAGCACUGAACAAAAUGUUUUUUGCUUUAUUUUAAUGUUUUUUCAGGUAUCUGUUUUGUUUUCCUUUUAAUUUUUUUAAAUACUGUGAUCUUACCAUUGAAUCUUAAAACUAAAUGUGUUGACAUCACGGAUCCAUUUUGCAUGAUAAUGCAAAAUUAUAUAGAAACAAUGAUCAAAUGAAAAGUUUGGUAAUGGGAAUAUGGAUGAAAGAUUGAAAUGAGUAUAGAAAACAAGAUGAUUAACACUAUUGGCCUUAAAAACCUGAUUGAGGAAAUAUGCAACUCUGUAGGUCACUCCGUGACUUGAUUUUUCGUACUCCAAAUAAAAGUGAAAAACAAAACUUC